CGUCCGUGCGCACUGCACGCAGGAGACCACAUUCGGUUGGCUGCAGCCGGGUGCGCUUGCAGGGUUCGGGAGAUAAUGGCAAGGGUUUUGUGCAACCCGUCAAGUCCAAACAAAUCGCCACGUUAUGGACAACGAAUUAUAUUCACAGGUCCUGACGGAGUAGGUGAUUAUAGAACAAAGCAACAGGACUUCCCCCGGUCCAUAGGAAUCGGACCGUUAUCUCCCGAGAGCACCGGAGACCUAAACUACCUGCUCCGCGCAGCACCAGGCACCCCGCCGCCCGGGCCGAAGCACUGCUAUGCCGGCGGUGUGGGCUGGGGCGUGCAGUACAGCGGCGCCCUGAACGGCAGAACUCUGCUCAGUGAUAACCGAAUCAAGCGUGGUGAAUUUCGCUCAGCAAUGGAAGACAGAAUCACUCACAGAUUCCAGAAUCCAUGGUUUGAGCCGCCUCGCGUUCUGGACAGGCAGCCCAGGGGCGCCCGCGCCUGGCUAGGGUGGACCCACAGCCAGGAGGAAACCCAGGAGUUCCUGCAGCUGAACAGGAAACGCUCUGCCCAGAGAAAGGUGAUUGGUAGGUCGUCAUCCCAGCCCAGCAGCAUUGUCUUCCCUCAGAUAAUUGCCACCAGAUAAGCAAAGGGAAAAGCUUUGCAGAUCCAGCUUCAUCAUGGCAAUAAAGAAGAUGUUUUCUGUGUAGAAAUCAAAUAUCAAAAUGUUUCACAAACCUUUCCUAUGUGUUACAUUUUUGGGCCACAUAGAAAUGAAUGAGUCCUUGAAGAACAUGCAGCCUACAGCUGUUUUAAGGCAGCCAUAUAUUUACUUCAGACACAUACUAUAGCCUAUUUGACACAGUGAUUUUAUCCACUCAAGUUUGAUGAGUGAGAUUGUGUUUAGCAUUAUGCAAAUGAGCAUAAACGAUAUCUGCAAACUGUGUA